CGAAACUCAUUCUAUUAUGUCCAUGAACGCUGUGAUGUAGUGAACUAUCAAAUGCAUAGAAAACUUAGUGGUCCCUUUAAAUACUGAAUUUUCUUACGUAAAUAAGAGAUAAUUAAAAAAAUAUGGGUGGCCAUGGACAUGCACAUGAUUCCGUUAAAAUACCUAGUCCAGAUUCAUACAAGAUAGAAGAUUAUCCAAUGGCAGUAAAAUUUCAAGAACGUUUAGCAAAGGAAGGUUUAAAGGAUCCAUGGUUAAGAAAUGAACUCUGGCGACUUCAUCCUAAAUUCAAAACAAAAGGACAACGUGCAAUGAUGCUCUGCUUUAGAGGUUGGAAACUUGGUGUUCCAGCAUUUUUAAUAACAAUAGGAAUUGAAGAAUUUUUAAGACAGGGUAAAAAAGAUCAACAUGGUCAUGAUAGUCAUCAUUAAUACAAUUAUAUGUAGAAGACACUCCAGAAUAGUUAAAUUAUUAAACAGUACUGCAAGUGUAGAAAGUCUAAGAAUAAAUGACUGUUUGGGUAACUA